UUCUCUGUGCACCGUAUUCGGACCGUCUUUAAUCAGAUUGGAGCACAUUCGACCACAGUCAUUUCCCGAUGCAUUCUGAGAUUUUGUUAACCUAAAUAUGAGUCUAACCUUGUUGUGCUCUUUCGCCACAGUCCUAGCUUUUAUUGAAGCCCCACCCACUCCUACCCCACCACUAGAGGGCAGAAGUUUCGAUGAAUUAUUAGAUGCGUUUGGGGUCAUAGAAACCAAACGAAUAGCCGUCGUGCACAAUGCAACACAGCUAGCCGCGGACCGAAAAAGCGAGAUGACAGUGAAAUUUUUACGGGUCAUCGGAGAAGCGAGUGACGUGCUUGUGAACAUGCGGCGUUUCUUUGAUGCUGGUAGGGUCUUGUUCAAUUUUAAAAAGGACAAAUCAACACCAAAAGAAAAAGAAGAUGCGAUUGCGAAAACCCAGCUACUGCGUAAGGAUAAUUAUAUGAAUAAUCAGUUGCGUAGGCUGACGGUGAUCCACAAAAUUUUAGAGAAGCAAAUGAGCGGCGUGCCUCGGGCAGAGUGUAUUUUAGUGCAACCAGUGAUGGACAUUCUGGAACAGAGCGAACAAGCAGUGGCCCCACUGAUGAAAAAAUUUUGAUGAGGCACUGAAUAAGCUGCAAUAGAAGGCGACCGGAAGAGAGCCUCGUGUAGUUGACCAAGGCAGCAGAUUCGAGGCACUUCUUUAUUACACCGCGAACAUCUUCAAGAGGCACAGGAGUGACACCAUCCUUC